AUUCAUAUAACUACUACAUUGUCUACUAUUUUUUCUAUAAUUAAUUUGCGCCGAAAACAUGCUUUUUUCCUUCGUCAAACAGCCUUGUUAAUUUUACCACUUCUUGCAAAGCCUCGUUCAGGUUAUCAGUCAGCACAGAAGCAGCAAACUGGAAGUGAUGCUGGCUUAUUAACGUGUUUAAAAAAGGUGUGUGAUGUGUAUGGUGUGGGGGAUGCUGUUGACAACGAAGAUUUUUCUGCCGCGGUUGAAGAUGUGAGACCCCUCACCUUUGGCUGGCCGGACCUUCAAAUCGACAUAUUGAAGGAUGCAUUAAUAGUGUCCGAAGCUUUACCUGAUUAUCCAUCUAUUAUCAGGUAUACAACGAGGCUCUUACGUAAAUUAUUUAUGUAUUUGCCUAGAGAUGAACAACUCCGUUUAUCAAGCUCACUACCAAGGGUCGUUGGUGCCGGAAAAAAACAAGGGCUAGAUAUGGAAUUUAAAUAUUGGGGUUUAAACAUUGUUCGAG